AGGUGCAAGACAGAAACAGAAAGAAGGGAAAUUCUGAAAAUGAACUGCCUCACUUGAGUGCUAUGAAUGCUCAGGUAACUCCACUACUUGCCCUGAAGUAAGGCGCACCUGUGGCCCAGCUGAAGAUGUUUGUAUUACAGUGUCCCAGAGAAGCAUUUACACCGGCCGAGCUAAAGUGGAGCUGCUUACAAAAAGCUGCUCUAGCUCUGUAAGUUGCAUAGGCAACAUGUCAUUUACUGCUGCCAGCCUGAGCUACUCAGCCAUUACCAACUGCUGCAAGACCAACUUAUGCAAUGAUGGAAAAUUUUUCUUGCCUGAUUCUACAGCUCCAAAUGGUUUAACAUGCACUUCCUGUUAUGGAGGCACUCUCGGAGAUUGUGAUGGUAAUGACAAGCCAACUAUCAAUUGCACGGGUCCUGACAAUCAGUGCAUAAACAUAGAUAUUAAGUGGGAAAGUAUAGGACUGUUCACUGCAAAGGGCUGUGGCAGUUUACCUUUCUGCAAUGACAUAAUAGGAAUUCAGCAGAUUACUGGGCUAGUAGGUUGCUGCAAUACUAACAACUGUAACAAUGCCACAACAACAAUAAUUCCAACAAUAAAAAACAACCAAAAAUGCUACAGCUGUUUGAAAAUUGACAACAGUGCAUGCAAUCCUAUUCAAGCUGCAUGCUAUGGAAGUAUGACUAAAUGUGGAGAUAUUUCUACUAAAGUAACUGCAAAUGGUUUUCCACUAGAUAUAUUUGCAACAGGGUGUAUAUCUCCGCCCUUGUGUCACCUUCAGUCUGCACUUGCUACAGUAGGACUGGAUAGUACCACACAGUUUGAAUGUUGUAAUGGUAACCUGUGUAAUGUCAAGAAUUUCAUCUUUCCAACUUCACCUCCUACAACAACACGAAAUGCAGUCAGCACUACUAUCAAGACAUCAAAUGCUCUCACCAUUGUGAUUUUCCUGUCGGUGGUGUUCAUCACAUAAAAAUAAAAUAAUCAAACGGUUACAAUCAAAUCGGCAAUGAACACAAGUGAGCUUUCAUUCUAAUAAGUUAUUGAUUCUGAUCAUUAUGUAAAUACAUACUGUUAUCUAUAUUGA